GGCCGAGACAGUGCUGAGCAGCACUUGCGCAGGUAAGGGGACGGUACAGUCAUACAGUCACUGAGGUUGGGAAAAGCUCACGAAGAUCGUGGAGUCUGACCAUUAACCCAGCACAUCUGUGAACCUAUUGAUUCUCAUUUUAUUGCAACUGAAGAUGGGAUUGUGAGCAAAAAAGAGAAGAAUCCCCAGCAAGGCAUCCCUGGGCCAGCAGAGCUGGAGGUUUCAUUCUCGGGACUUUCCAAGGAGAACAAUUCCCAGAGUCCUGCAGAGGACCCAGUCAUCCCACAGAGGUCAGGAAGGGUUCAGAGACCUCUGAAGAAAAGGCAAAGACGAGUGAUGCUGCGUGGGAAAAGUUUCAGGAAGCUGCCAGAUGUUAUCCAGCAGAGAAAUUCCUCUGUGGGGAGACUGAUGGUAUGUGGGGACUGUGGGAAGAGCUUCCGUGUGAGUUCCAACCUCGUCCAGCACCGGAGAAUCCACACUGGAGAGAAGCCCUUCUGCUGCACCGCGUGUGGGGAGCGCUUCCGGCAGCGCUCCCAUCUCACCCAGCACCAGAGGACGCACACGGGGGAGAGGCCCUACGGGUGCUCCGAGUGCGGGAAGAGCUUCAGCGUCAGCUCCAAGCUGCUCCGCCACCAGGUGACCCACACCGGGGAGAAGCCCUUCGGGUGUGCCGAGUGCGGGAAGAGGUUCUGCGGGAACUCCCAGCUGGUGCAGCACCGGCGAGUGCACACCGGGGAGAGGCCCUACGCGUGCGGCAGCUGCGGGAGCAGCUUCAGCGUCAGCUCGGCCCUGGCGCGGCACCGGCGCGUCCACACCGGGGAGAAGCCCUACGGCUGCGCCGAGUGCGGGAAGAGCUUCAGGCAGAGCUCCGAGCUCAUGAAGCACCAGCGGGUGCACACCGGGGAGAAGCCGUACAAGUGCUCCGAGUGCGGGAAGAGCUUCACCGUGAGUUCGGCCCUCAUCCAGCACCGCCGCUUCCACACGGGCGAGCGCCCGUUCGGGUGCUCCGAGUGCGGGAAGAGCUUCACGGUGAGCUCCCACCUCAUCCAGCACCACCGCUUCCACACCGGGGAGCGCCCCUUCGAGUGCACGGAGUGCGGGAAGAGCUUCCUGUGGAGGUCGGCCCUGCUGCGGCACCGGUGGGUGCACAGCGGGGAGCGGCCGUACGCCUGCACCGACGGCGGGGACAGCUUCAGGCAGAGCGCGCACCUCACCCAGCACCGCCGCACCCACAGCGGGGAGCGGCCCUUCGCCUGUGCCGACUGCGGGAGGGGCUUCGCCGUGAGCUCCGCGCUCCUGCGGCACCGGCGCGGCCACAGGGCCGGGCAGCCCCAGGCUCUGGUCCCCGCGGUCCCCGUUCGCUCCACUGGCUGCCCUGCUCACGGAGCGGGAAGGCUCUUUCUCUGAUGAGAACGAG